AUGGGAAACACUGAUCAAAAACUAGAAACGCUCGGGCUUGAAAUUCAUAAAAGCUAUUUCAGCUUUAAGUGCCCCAUAGGGCAUGGAGGCUUCGGUAAGGUUUGGAAAGUAGAACAGAAAAAAACAAAGCAAUGCUUUGCAAUGAAAGAAAUGAAUAAGCUAAGAAUUAUAACUUUUCAAUAUCUUCAUAAAAUUUGUUUUCUUAAUUAUGAUAAAAUUUUCAUAAUUACUAUAAAAUAUUUUAGCCUAUUGAGCAUUUAAUUUCUAUAAAUAAAUGAUGGGAGUAAGGAAAAAAAAGUGUGAGCUCAAUACUAAAUGAAAGAAAGCUACUUUCAAUAAUUAAGCAUCCUUUUAUUGUAAAUAUGCAAUACGCUUUUCAAGAUAAAGAAAAUUUGUACUUAGUCAUGGAUCUCAUGACUGGCGGAGACCUAAGGUAUCAGAUUUCCAAGUUGCGUAACUUUAGUGAAGAGCAAGUCAAGUUUUUCGCUGCUUGCAUUAUAAGUGGGCUCGAAUACUUGCAUUUGCUUGGAAUAAUCCAUAGAGAUAUUAAGCCAGAAAAUUUAGUUUUCGAUAAAAAGGGAUAUUUAAGGAUAACCGAUUUUGGAAUUGCAAGGACAAUUUAUAUAGAAAACUCAAAAGAAACAUCUGGAACGCCCGGAUACAUGGCUCCAGAAGUUAUGUGCAGCAAGAACCAUGGAAUUGCUGUGGAUUAUUACGCUCUUGGAGUAAUUAUUUAUGAACUAAUGAAGGGAAAGAGACCUUAUAUUGGGAAAAAUAGAAAAGAAAUUAAAAUGCAAAUGCUCUCUAGUCAAGUCCAAUUAAAAAAAUCUGACUUGCCUUCUGGGUGGUCAAUAGAAUCUGCAGAUUUUGUCAAUAAGCUUCUUCAAAGAAAACCAAAAAAUAGAUUAGGCUUUAACGGCCCUCAAGAAGUAAAAAAUCAUGUAUGGCUCAGUGAUAUUCAUUGGGCGAACUUAUACACAAAAACCCUCAAAUCACCAUUUAUUCCCUUAUUCCCCCUCCGCGAAUUGGAAUUAUUUUUAAUUUAGAAAAAAAUUACUAUAUUUUUUUAAGAAAACAAUUAACGUAAAAAAUUUGCUAUCUCGGAGGGGAUGAAAUUCACUUAUAUCAAAGAUAGGUUGUAAAAUUUAAGAUGGGGAGAAGAUGGGCUUCAUGCUUGAUAAUAGGUAAAUAGUGUAUCAAGGAGAAGGUUUAUUCCCCAAAAUUUUUGGGAAAUUUUUUUUAAAAUUAAAUCACUCUAUAAAUGAUGAUUCCUUCACACGACGACUAUUUUUUUUUUGGCCUUUUUUUUUGCCUAGCCUCAUUCAUGAAGCUGCUGAGAGGACUAAAACCUUAUUGAGAAACAGAGGCCUUUCCUUACGCGAUUAAUAUUGAGUAAAAUUAAGUGAAAAACUCCUAAUUAAAUCUAAAAUUCUCGAAAUUUUAAAAGCAAUGAAUUAGUAUUCAUGGAGUAAGAAAUCUGUUAAGGAUGCAUUUUUUGUUGGUUAAAUCGUUUAAAACACAUUAAAAAUUAGAUUAAAACAAUUAGUAUGGAAUUUGCCCAAAUAUUAGUAAAAAAUAGUUAAAAAAUUGUCAAAAAAAAGGCAAAAAAAUAGGCCAAAAAAAAAUAAGCCAAAAAAAAAUAGGCCAAAAAAAAAUAGGCCAAAAAAAAAAUAGGCUAAAAAAAAAUAGGCCAAAAAAAAAUAGGCCAAAAAAAAAAAUAGGCUAAAAAAAAAUAGGCCAAAAAAAAAUAGGCCAAAAAAAAAUAAGCCAAAAAAAAAUAGUCGUCAUGAAAUAAUCGUCGUGUGAAGAUACGAUAAACGAUAGAGGGAGCUAGAAGGUGAUAAUUUUAAACCUACAAAUAAUUUUGGCUUUAAAGAUGAUUUAGAUGCAUUUAUACCUUUGGAUUCCGUUGAUGAACUCUUCAAUGGCUAUUUUUAUAACCAAAACAUUGAUGAGUGUAAAUGUGAUACUACCCAAACAAUAAAAAUCCGAACCCGUUAA